CAGCCUGGAGACCCAGAUCUUUAUCUUAAAGCUGCGCCAAGGACUGACUACCUGUGGAUCUUGGGCUGUGGCACCCAAGCAAAUUCUGAAGAACUGUGAAUUAAAAUUUGUUGGGUUGAGAGAUUUAUCAUGGAUAUCAAGGAAGAGAGAGCAUCAGAGGAAGAACAGCAAUUUAUUCCAUCUGCACAAGGAGAUAAUUAUGCAGAAUCUAAACUCACAAGUCUCAAGAAGUUUAUUAAUGAACCAAAGUUUGAAUUCAGUCUUGCAUGUAAAGAUUUAGUGGCUCCUACACGAGAUCGAAAACUGAAUACAUUUGUGCAGAUCAUUAUAGUGCAUCCAGGGGAACAGAACCAAACAAGAUAUGCAAGCACGGAAAUUGUGGAGGGAACAAAAGACCCACUGUUUUUGACUGGUGUGACGUUCCCCCCAGAUUACCCUAUCUACGAGGAGACUAAAAUAAAGCUAACUGUCUAUGAUGUCAAGGAUAAAUCUCAAGACACAGUUCGGAGCAGCAUUCUGGCAGAAAACAAAGAUCCAAGGACAGAUAGUGGGCGAAGUUUCCUGGGUUCUGCUACUUUUAAAGUAGGCGAAUUGGUGAAGUCAGAAGAGCAGCAGUUGACUCUUAGCCUCAGGAGUUUAGAUGGUGGGAAGACAUUUGGCACAAUAGAUGUCAGAUUUAUAAAUAUGGGGAAGACUGAAGAUGGGGAAUCAGAUCAGAUCACAACAGAUGGGAAAGAGCAAAAGUGUGCCUUGGUUUAUUCAUGUUCAUCUCCAGAAAACAUAAUUAAUAGAGAUAAUUUACCAUUAUUAAAUGCAGUGUUAAAAAACCCAAUCUGUAAAUUAUAUACAUUCCCCACUUCUGACAACAAGUGGAUGUAUAUACGAGAACAGAUGUUUGAGAGCAAUCUUUCUUUUCAUGUUCCCAAGGAACUUAUCAGCCUUCACAUAAAGGAAGAUCUGAGAAGGAAUCAGGACCUUAAAGAACUUGGGGAGCUUUCUCCACAUUGGGACAAUAUGCGUAAAAAUGUUAUUGCACACUGUGAUCAAAUGUUGAUCCUGUACCAAAAUAUGCUUGCAGAACUUGGAAAAUAUACAGGUUCUUCUUUCAAAUCAAGUUGCAGUAAAGGAGAAAAAACACUAGAAUUUGUUCCAAUAAAUCUACAUCUGCAAAGAAUGCUUGUGCAGGGCCCUUGUAUAAAAGAUGUUCUUUAUGAUGUCAUCACUGUGGGAGCUCCUGCAGCACAUUUUCAGGGAUUUAAAAAUGGUGGUCUUCAGAAAUUAUUGAAUAAAUUUGAGGCAGAAAGACGAAAUACUGGGUACCAAUGUAUUUAUUAUUCACCUGAAAACACUGCCAAGGCAAGAGAAGUUCUCAGUAACAUCAAUCAAUUACAGCCUCUCAUAUCAACUCAUGCAGACAUGCUACUUAAUUCAGCCAGACAACAGUUGCCGGAAAGCUUGAAGAAUUCCUUAAAGAUGCUUUCAGAAACUACAGAGUUAUUUGUGCAUGCCUUUAAGGAUCAGCUUAUCAGAAGUGCCCUUUUAGCUUUAUACACAGCCCGUCCUGGUUGUGUCUUAAAAAAACCAACUUUGCCAAGGAAUAGCACUGAAGAGAAUAGCGAACAGGAAAAUCAGGAUCAUCCAUCACAAAUCAAGAGACAGGAUUCCAUACCUCACCACUCAGAAUAUGAUGAGGAAGAGUGGGAUAGGGUGUGGGCCAAUGUAGGGAAGAGUUUAAACUGCAUCAUUGCAAUGGUGGACAGAUUGCUUGAAAAGAAGAACACUCCCAGCAUCAGUAAGGAAAAUGAGAAAGAACCUUCAUCAACAUCUCACAUAAGUGAUGACUGGUAUGAACAACUGUAUCCUCUAAUAGUUACACUGAACGACUGUAUUGGAGAAGUGGUGAUAAGGGCAAAGCAAUCAAUGUCUUUUGUUCUGCUUCAGGAGCUUGCAUGUUGUUUGCCACAAUGUUUAAUGUUGACACUAAGAAGAGAUAUAGUCUUCAGUCAAGCACUUGCUGGAUUGGUCUGUGGAUUUAUCAUCAAGUUACACUCUGGUUUAUGUGAUCAAGGCUUCCUCCAGCAACUUCAUACAGUGGGCCUAAUUGUUCAGUAUGAAGGACUUCUCAGUACAUAUAGUGAUGAAAUUGGGAUGCUAGAAGAUAUGGCUGUGGGAAUAUCAGACUUGCAAAAAGUCGUGUUUAAAAUAACUGAAACUAAAUCAGAUGACCUAUUGCCUGUUAUAACUGGAAGACGGGACCAUUAUGUAAUAGAAAUAAAGCUUCCAGAAAAGAUGUUUGAAUUGCUUCCUCAAGAGAUUAAAGAUGGGAAACUGCUCUAUGUCUACCCAGUCCUCUUUAAUGUUGGAAUCAAUGAACAACAAACCCUUGCAGAAAGGUUUGGAGAUACCUCCUUGCAAGAAAGCCUUAACCAGGAAAAUUUGGAAUUGCUAAAAGAAUAUUAUAAGUUAUUAAUGGAAAAAAUGCCUCCUGAUUGCCUUCCACUUUUUCAGGAACAGAAUGAUUUAAAAGGAUUACUAGAAAAUCUUCAUCAAAAUAUUCAGACUAAAAAAAGAAAGAAUGUAGAAAUCAUGUGGUUGGCUGCAACGAUUUGCCGCAAGUUAAAUGGUGUACGGUUCACGUGCUGUAAAAGUGCCAAAGAUAGGACAUCAAUGUCAGUGACACUGGAACAAUGUUCAAUUUUAAGAGAUGAGCAUCAAUUGCACAAAGAUUUCUUUAUUCGAGCAUUGGACUGUAUGAGGAGCAGACAAACCCAGGGAGCACUGAAUGAAUCGGAUGAUCCUGAGACAGGCUGUGUAACUGAUAACAAACCAACUUCUCGUCACUUCUAUCCUGUCGCCUUGCUGCUUGUCAGCUCUCACUUGCUGGUUGUCUGGCUUAUUUUAAGUCUUGCUUUACUAUUAGCAAAAUAUCAGUAA